ACAGGUAAAUAUGUUUUCAUAUUCAGAAAUAGUCGUUUUCUUUCGCUGAGAACCACGUGUUCGUUGUUUAUUGUUUGGUGACGCCUCUAAGUCUGAGGUGCAGAAAGAAUAUUUGUAGGGUCAUUGAUUAGCUGUCGUAUUGAGUUUGAAAAGGAGUUCAUCUUUCCUGAAGCGAACGACCUAAGCACUCGAAUGAAAGAGGUUUCUGCCUCAGGAGGAAUGCUGAGGAGCCUUGUUGAGGUUUAGCACCGAGGACACGAGAGGAGAAGGAGAAAGAGAGAGAGAGAGACCUUGAAACCACCAUGAGAAGGCGAAGAAGAUUCUGCUGUUGUUUCUCUGGCCUUUCUCAACGACGACACCGCUAGGAUCCAGCCAACCUGUUUCCUGGGCAAGCCACUGAACUAAACGUCAAAACCAAAAAUCCUUUUCGAGCUGUUUUUGGACCAAGUUACUGGGUGUCUCAACGAGGUUGGGCCAUUGCUCAUAUAGGCCUUGAAAUUCCUGGUUAAUGGCUGAGGGCCCACAAACUCUCGUCAAGGACUAAGAAGACGCCUUAGUGGUUUCAUGAAAACUGACCAGACCAGCAAGCAGAUCAGAAGGUGAGUGAGUGUGUGAGUGAGCGAUUCGACUUUAGUGCCUGAUUGGAACAAAAUGGAACCAAUUGUCACAGCCAGUAUUUGUGAGGUGAUCUCUGUCGUGAGGAGUCUGGUAUGAUGAUGGACCAUAAAGUGCUAGACAGAAACGCAUUGCUCAAUCCACCACCAGCGAACAACACGUGCCAGCCAUGUCCUUCAAGCCUUCCGACGUCCAUCCUUUUUUGUUUGGGGGUGUGGCCUCAUGUAUGGCCGAGGCCGUCACCUACCCGAUUGAUACGGCCAAGACCCGUCUCCAACUUCAGGGCCAGACAAUUGACCGGCGAUACCAACACCGCUUGUAUACCGGUCUCUUUAAUUGCUGGAAACGGAUCGUGCAAGAGGAGGGCGUGGCACGCCUCUAUCACGGCCUGUCGCCGGCCCUGUUGCGACAAGCCGUGUACGGUACGGCCAAGUAUGGCCUCUACUACUCCAUCAAGGACUGGAUCCCUGGGGAGGAAUCAAACGUGAAGAAUGUUGCAUGCGCAAUUAUGGCCGGUGGCGUCUCCAGCGCCAUUGCCAACCCUACAGAUGUCCUCAAAGUCAGAAUGCAAUCGCAGAUUGCGCUUGUCAAAGGCUCGUCCCUAGUAGAAGGAUUCCGGGACAUCUACUUCAAAGAGGGGCUCAAGGGUCUGUGGCGCGGGAUGGUGCCCACAGCCCAACGGGCAGCCGUCGUGGCCGGGGUCCAAUUACCCGUGUACGACUUCGCCAAGUUGUUCUUUCUGCGGAAUGGUUUGCUCGACAAUGACUCGAGUAAUCACUUGAUCUCCAGUUUCUGCGCUGGCCUGGCCGCUUGCCUCGUGUCUUCUCCGGUAGAUGUGAUACGAACCCGUUUCAUGUCCCAGCGGUGCUAUGAGACAAAGAUCUACAAAUCCUCGUUUCAAUGCGGGUUCAUGACGGUGAAGAACGAAGGUCUGCGCGCUCUCUACAAAGGUUUUGUGCCCGCCUUCAUGCGCAUGGGGCCUUGGAAUAUUAUCUUCUUCCUGGUCUACGAGCAGCUGACGCGUAGCUUUACUCAACCUCCAAGCUCACUCAUCAAAAAGACAUAAUAAUGCCACUCGUGUAUCCUUAUUCUGCUACUCACAUUUCUCAAUUACAUUAUUCACAUCUCGGAUAUGUAUUACAUCCUUACAUUUAUUUUUGAGAUAAAAAUAAAUAACAUUUGAGUUGCUA